AAUAUAUAUCAUUCAAGAUCCCACAAAUUCUUCUUGUCUCUCUCUACACAAUAUAAAUUCACCCAUUAUUGUGUCUUCCUCCUCCAAAUAUCUCCUAAUUAUUAUUUGCAGAUUUCAUGGAGAUUUUGCCUCCUAAUUCUACUAGCUUGGAACUAUCCAUAGCCAUGCCUGGUUUCUCCUCUUUCCCAUCUUCCGAGGCAAAAGGUGAAAUCAAAUUACUAGACAUAAAUGAAGCACCAUCAAGAUCAGAAGAAGAAUGUGUGGUAGAUGAAGAUGAACAUGGCAGCCCGGUUCGGAGGAAGAAACUCCGGCUUGCAAAAGACCAGUCUCGUCGCCUCGAACAAAGCUUCUUACAAAAUCAAACCUUAAACCCUAAAGAGAAGGAGGCUUUGGCAAUGGAGUUGAGAUUGAAUCCAAGGCAAGUGGAGGUGUGGUUUCAGAAUCGUAGAGCAAGGAGCAAGACAAAGCAAACAGAAAUAGAGUGUGAAUACCUAAAAAGAUGGCUUGGAGCACUAACAGAGCAGAACAGGAAGCUGCAAAAGGAGGUGGAGGAGCUCCGCCUCAUCAAGGCAGCGCCGCCUCCCGGCGCCCGUCAACCGCCGUCGCCCUCCGCCCUCACUAUGUGCCCCCGCUGUGAGCGUGUCACAACCGCCACCGCCUCCAUUUAGUAAUACAUAAUUAAGUAUUAAUUAACUUUGAAUUAAUUUCUAAUUAGUGAGGCACUAAUUAGCUUAUGAUAGCAACAAUUAAUGGAAACAUAUAUGUGCUCAAGUAGUGUUGAUAUCAUAUUGUAUAGAAGCUGCUAUCUUUUUUUUUCGCUUUAA